CGGGGCUACAUAUACAUACAUAUCUGUACUCCGUACAACGCGAACCCAUGUACGGCGCUUCGUGUCUUGCAGUUCUCGUCCUGUUCUUGAAGUCGUUGUCGUCGGUGGACGCGGCGGACUUGCCUCCAGCGUGCAACAUCACGGCAUUCGUCCAAGCGUUUGCGCCAGUGAUGGCCAGUGCCGCGCUGUGCCAAACUGCCACCAACGUGUCGUUCAUGCCCCCCACUGCACCCCUCACCGAUGCCAACGUAGCGCUCGUUUGCGCUGCCUCCGAGUGUAAGCCGCUGAUUCCCGUAAUCAGCCAGAUCCCGCCCUGCUCCAUCGGACCGGUCGACAUGGGCGCGUUCGCCAGCUCCGUCGGGGGGGCGUGCGGCAAUGGCACGCGGACGCCCACGACGCCAUCGCCAAAUCCAUCGACGGCUCCCCCGUCGUGGGUUGCCCCUCCGUUGGGCGGCCUUGUACUAGUAGGGCUAACGCUUUUCAUGGCGAUGUAAUUAUGUUGUGUUGAUUACAGGAGCAACAUGUAUACAUUCAC